AUGAACGAAGUCAAAGUGCAGACAGGAAGCUGUUGCUGCUGCUCCAGGAUCAGCGCCAUCAUGGAGCGGGGUUCUGGUUCUGCCCCGGGUCUGAUGUGGGUCCUGGGUGUCUUGAUUUGGUGUUCGGUUCCAGUGCAGUCUCACCCUCAGUGUCUGGACUUUAAGCCUCCUUUCAGGCCACUCAGAGAGCUGCAGUUCUGCGCCAUGUACCGAGAGUUCGGCUGCUGUGAUUUCGACAAGGACCAGCAGCUGAUGACCAGAUACUACUCUAUCAUGGACCAAUUCGACUACCAGGGCUACGCCAACUGCGCCAGCUUCGUCCACGACCUGCUUUGUCAGGUAGGGACGAGAACAAGGGCACCGGGACUCAGACACAGAGAUAGGAACACACACACACACUGAGUGAAUUAAAGUGUGAUACUAACAUAUAUAUAUAUAUAUGAAUAUAUAUAUGUGUGUGUGUGUGUGUGUGUGUGUGUGUGUGUGUGUGUGCGUGCGUGCGUGCGUGCGUGCGUGCGUGCGUGCGUGUGUGUGUGAGAGAGAGAGAGAGAGGGAGAGAGAGCUGUUAAAUCAUUAAUAAGUCUGUCAUAUAUUUCUGAUUUGUACACCGACAGGCACACCUGACACAGACAGACAGGUGACAGGAGAAACACCUGUCACCUGGUGCUUCAAGCUACAUUUUGUCAACAUUUUUUCAUCACAAUUUUUCUAUGCAACCCCAAAUCCAGAAAACUUCAGACCCUGUGUGAAAAGCAGAACUAGCAAAUAAGUAAUCCAAUAUUUGAUUAAGGAUAAUGCAAAGACAACAUAUUACAUAUUGACACUGUAGAUGACCCUUUAAUACUGUUGGAUUUGAUGCCAGUGACAUGUUAAACCAGAGUUUAACAUAGGUCAUAUUUACUGUUUUAUUACAUAAUCUCUUUUCUCUGUUUAAAUGACUGUAAACCUUAAUGAACCCAACAGACCAGGCUUUGGCUAUCUACCUAAUCAAGGAUUUCAGCUGCUCAACAGUUUAGGGUCCUCUUUGUCCUGUUUUUGGUGUCAUGAUGCUCCAAAUGUUUUCAAUUGGGGACAAGUCAGGACUGCAGACAGACCAGUUUCUCAACAGGACUCUUCUCCUACAGAGCCAUGCUGUUGUAAUCCCUGUUGUCAGAAUAUGAUUUGUCAUGGUCUUGCUGAAAUAUGAAGGUCUUCCCUGAAAAAGUCUUUGUCUGGAUUACAGCAGAUGUUGCUCCUAAACCUGUAGAUAUUGUUCAGCAUUACUGGAGCCCUCACAGAUGUGGAAGAUACCCAUGACAUGGACUCUGUGAUCCCCAUACCAUCAGGGAUGCUAGAUUUGGACUGGGAGUUGAUAACAAGCUGCAUUUGUGGAUGCAAUAAUGAACUGUGUUCACAGAUAAUAGUUUUUGGAAGUGAUUUUGAGCCCAUGCAGUGAUUUCCACUCCAGAGUCCUGUCUGUUUUUAAUGCAGUGCUGCCUGAGGGCCUGAUGAUCAGGACCAUCCAGUCUUAAUUUUGCUCCUUGCCCCUUUAGUCCAGAGUCUCCAUCCAUCCAUUUUCUACCACUUAUUCCUGUUCCCGGGGUUGUGGGGGGGCUGAAGCCUAUCCCAGCAUCUUCAGGCGAAGGCAGGGGACACCCUGGACAAGUCACCAGUUCAUUGCAGGGCUGACAAAUAGAGACAAACACCCAUCCACACCUAUGGGCAAUUUGAAAGUGGCUCUGAAUCUUUUAAUUAUAUGAUGUUCUGUAGAUGAUGAGAUCCACUCAUUGUUUCAGAUUUGACACUCAGGAACAUUUUUCUGAAACUGUUCAACUAUUAGCUCACACAGUCUCUCACAGACUGGUGAACUUCUUCCCAUCUUUCCUUCUGACAGACUCAGCCUCUCUAAAUGUCCUUUUUAUACACAGUCAUUUUACUAAACUGUUGGAAAUUCACUUAAUUAAUUGGAGAUGUUCCUCAUUUUUUCUUUUUUUUUUUGUAUAACAACUUUAUACCUGUCUGGUUGUUUCUCUGCAAGAACCUUCUGCACUUGCAUCAAAUUUAAAACAAACCUCUUUUUUUAUAAUACAAAAGCAUUUUUUUCAGUAGGCAUUUUUUUCGUACCUUUGAUAAGUUAUCUUUGCUUUUUUUUAAUCAAAUAUGAUUUUAAAUAAUUUUUAACAAUCAAAAAAAGUUUUUAUCAGCUUUUACACAGUCCUGUAUCUGAGUUGUAACAUUCAUUGUUUUCAGUCUGAGCCAUCCAUUAUUUUCUCCUUCAUAUAAACUGAGAUGAAUGUGGAGUUCUUUGUAGCCUUAUGUGAUCACAGAUUUCUGUUUCUCUGUUUCUCCCUUUUCUGUUCUUCUCUAAAUCUGCAGUAAAUGCUAAACUCUGUGGGCUCUAUUUUCGUGCGCACCGGUGAGGCGGCGGAGGGCGGCGAGCCCCGCGCAGUUGUAUUUUCGUCUGGCGGAGCCUGGCGUAAGGCCAGUUUGGUAUUUUCGUGGACUGAGCCGCACAGAGGCGAGCCGAGAUCCGCCAAGCUGGGCGUGGUGGCGUGGCAGGGGGAGGUGUCGACAAAAUCAGCUGGCGCAGUGACAUUUUCGUGCUCGCCACCGGCGUUUAAGUGCGCUGAAAGCUCGCCGAUUCAAACCUGGUCAUCUUUCAGCGCAAGGCGGAACGCAGCUGGUCCAGUAGUAUUUUGGUAGACCGGCGGCGUAUCGACAUACGUCACUGAUGCCUCACCGGCAGGUUUCCACCGUGUCAGGCACAUUUCAGUGCAAUAAAUAAUCAUCAUCAACUAUUAAUCUGAGUCAGAACAUACAUUUAGAUCUAUAUAGAUAUAUUCUGAUCUAUAUCUGAUCUGAUGAGCGCGUUUGGCACGUGUUGGACACACAACCUGACCGAAUCAACACAGCUGAAACCGCAUCAAAUUAAAUUAAAUAUCUAGUAAAUAUACUCACAUGAUGAAGUUAACAAGAUAUGUAAUUCGUCUCCCUCCUUCUCUUUCUUCCUCUUCCUCUUAUUUCUCGCACAGCUCGACCUGGACACGUCUCCGUGUCCUCUGUCCGUCUUGCUGCUGCUGCGGCUGAACAGAUGAUUUGUUUCACUGCUCAGAUGCGUGAUCUACUUUAAGCCGACAUACGGAUAUUAUAAUAUUCAGUUUUGUGGGCCAAAUUUAUUUUAUAUGCCAACAUCUAUGAAAGACAGAGCCAGGCCACGGAGCGCGAUGCGUCAUUUACGCACAGAUGGUUCUGAUUUUAAUGCCAUUUUUGGAGUUUAUGUUGUGAUCUGUGCGCUCAACCCACCUUUGUCACGUGAGGUUUGAAUAUGAGCAACUUUAUUUGAGUGUCUUUAUUUGUGGAAAAGGGUGUUUGUCUUACCACUGGGUCCAACAUUACACACACCAAAUCCAUCUGUGCUCAUAUGAGAGGGUGUGGAGGACACUUGUUGAGGAGCUGCCCUCUGUCGCCAUCUUGUGGCAUUACUGUCUUAAGACAUCUCUUGAUCUCUUUGACUACUUCAUGAAAAUAGUAAUAUGCCUUGCCUGUGGCGGAUUUAAAGGCAAGGAGAGGAGCUUAUGUGAUUGGUGGAAACAGGUCUCGGCUGUGUUAAACCCACUCCACGCCCUCUCUCCUCCCCAUCUACGACUUAUGGUGCUGGGAGGAGCUGAGUUAGGGAGGGGGGAUACUUACGCCGGGCUGUGCGGCUCACCGAGAUACCAAAAUGUGCUUGGGAACGCCUUGUCAGCGCGGUGGAUCUGACUGACGCUGCGCUUGCGGCACGUCUCCGGCGAGGCACCAAAAUAGAGCCCUGUGUGUCUGUAUGCUGCUCCAUGUUCUCCCUCACUGACCUGCAGGUGUCAACCUAUUACACUCUACACCUGUCCCUCAGUCUGCCUCACUCCUCUCUCCUCUUUCUCUGUGCAGGAGUGUUCUCCAUUUGCAGCUCACUUGUUUGACACCGAAGACCCCAGCACCCCAACCAGGACCAUUCCUGGACUCUGCCCAGAUUACUGCUCCAUGUUCUGGGGAAAGUGUAUCUCCACCCUCCCCCUGCUGUCUGAUGACCCGGUCAUCACUCGAAUCAGAGAUGACGAGUCACGCCUCUGUCAUUACCUGCAGCUGGAUGACCCUGACUACUGCUACCCCCACCUCCUCAGUAACCAAAAACUGACCAAGAACCUUGGUCGGGUCCAGUCAGACUCUGAAGGCUGUCUGCAGCUCUGUCUGGAGGAAGUCGCUAACGGGCUGCGGAACCCGCUUGCCAUGGUGCACGCCAACGACGGCACACACCGUUUCUUUGUAGCUGAGCAGUUGGGCCUGGUGUGGGCAUACCUGCCAGACCGAUCCAAACUGGAGAGACCGUUCCUGAACAUCACAAAGGCGGUCUUGACUUCAUCCUGGGAGGGAGAUGAGAGAGGGUUCCUGGGGCUCACCUUUCACCCAAACCACAAGUACAAUGGGAAACUCUAUGUUUAUUACUCUGUGGAAGUCGGCUUUGACGAACGGAUCCGGAUCAGUGAGUUUCGGGUGUCCACCAAUGAUAUGAACCUGGUGGAUCACACCUCAGAGCGGUACAUAAAUGACUUAGAAACCAGAAUUACAUUUACACUGAAACACAGAAAUGAACUGUUACACCUGGUAUCCAGGUACUAUCCACGGUCCGUUUAGAUUCUGUUUUUCCUGUUUGUUUUGUGUUCAGGGUCAUUCUAGAGAUUGAUGAGCCAGCCUCAAACCAUAACGGGGGACAGCUUCUCUUUGCUGAUGACGGUUACUUGUACAUUUUCACCGGGGAUGGGGGGAUGGCCGGAGACCCCUUUGGGAAAUAUGGAAACGCCCAGAACAAGUGAGGGCUUCAAAAGAUGACCCAGAUAAACGUCUCAUGUUGUGUUCAUGUUUUAAUCUGGAGUUACUCAAAACAAAUGAUUGUGUGUGUCCAUAUUUUCAUCCUUCUCUUCUAACUCAGGUCAGCUCUGUUGGGCAAAGUUCUGCGCAUCGAUGUGGAUGAUAAUGAAAGAGGUCCAUUAUACAGAAUUCCUCCCAACAAUCCCUUCAUACGUGAGCGCAGCGCUCGUCCAGAAGUUUAUGCAUACGGUGUCCGCAACAUGUGGAGGUGUUCAGUGGACAGGGGUGACCCGCUGACCAAAGAGGGCAAAGGUCGGAUCUUCUGCGGGGAUGUGGGUCAGAACAAGUUUGAAGAGAUUGACAUCAUUGAGAAAGGACGGAAUUAUGGCUGGAGAGCCAAAGAGGGAUUCUCCUGUUAUGAUAAGAAGCUGUGCACCAACAGCUCCCUGGGUGGGUGUGAUCUCUGCAGUUUUUUCUUUUAAAUUUUGAUUUAGUAUCUGUGAGUCUCAGUUUCAUGCUGAUUGAUAUUAGACCUGUCACGGGUGAGAAUUUUGUGGAAAAUGUGUGUUCUUCUCAUAGGUUUCAGUUUCAUGAAGAAUAGAGUCAUAACGCUCAUUUGUCUCAGCUUUAUGAUUGUUGAUGCUUCCCAUGAGUCUCAGUUUCACAGUGAUUACAGUUCUUUUUACAAGGCUCAGUUUGAUGGUAACUCUCAUACCCCUCAUUAGCCUUAGUUUCAUGGUAGUCCACAUCUUACAUCCCAAGAGUCACAUUUUCAUGGUGAUUGGUGUCAAACCUCACAUGGGCCUCAGUUUCAUGGUUUUUUAUGUUUACCUCUCAUUUGUCUGAGUUUUAGGAUUGUAGGUUAUGUGUAUCCCACAUGCCUCGUCAUUAUCACUGUCAUUUAUGUCUUACUCUCACGAGUCUUGGUUUUGUGGUAAUUAAUGUCAAACUUCUGAUGGGUCUUAGUUUCUUGGUUACUGAUGGCACAUGCCUUGUUUGUCUUAGUUUCAUGGUGACCACAUCUUACCUGCUAACCUGCCUCACAGCUUUAAGGUGAUUCAUGUUAAGAAGUCUCAGUUUUAUGGUGGGUGGUCUCCUGCCUUUCCUAGGCCUGGGGUUCAUUGUUAUAGAUAUCAAACCUACAGAAUGAUAAGCUUGAUUCUGUGGUAGUUCAAAUAAAAUCAUUGUAUCUAUGAUAGUUAUUUUUUAAUGAUUCUUGCUCUCUGCUGCUGCACUAGACGACGUCCUGCCGAUCUAUGCCUAUCCUCAUAAGAUGGGAAAGUCAGUUACUGGAGGUUACGUGUACAGAGGCUGUGAAUACCCCAAUCUGAACGGCAUGUACAUCUUUGGAGACUUCAUGAGCGGGUGAGCCUAUCUACAGACAAACACAGAUAAAACAGCAUCUACAUUAGCUAUCGUAUAACUGCAACACUGUAAAAUGUUGAGAAAACAGAAAGUCUCUAUUUAAUUUUAAAUAGGAUAGGGGACGUAUACAAUGUUGAAACAUAAAAUAAUUAUCAGAAUAUGAAAAACUCUGGUUUAAUCCCAAGUUAAACAAAAAACAAAUUUUAAUAAGUUGGGACAGGAAUGUUGCCAUCUGAGAACAAGCCAGGUGGUCCCUCUAUUUCUUGAUGCAGAGGAUGUGGCAUCUGUGAUUUCCACAAAAAAUGACUCAAGUCCAGAGAAGACUCUGGUGUUUCUGGAUCCUGUUUCUAUCCCGUUUCCUCUUUGCAUGGUUCAGUUUUAACUUCAUUUAUGGAUGUAGUAAUGAACCGUGUUUACACACAAUGGUUUUGGAAGUUAUUUUGAGCCCAUGCGGUGAUUUCAACAACAUAAUCCUGUCUGUCUGAUCCUCUAAAAACUUUCUCGACACAUGUUGCUGCCCUCAUGUUUAAGUGAGUAGAUAUUUUUCAUGAAACGAUACAUUAUCUUUGCACAUAUGCCAAUCUAAUUCACAGUUUUUAUCAACAUUUUACACAGAAUCCAAACUAUUUGGAAGCUGUACAAAAAAUAUGAUGAUCUGCAAAGUUUGAAGUGCAUUCAUAACAAAUUUAAACAUAUUUAUAAAAUAUUUUUAACGCAUUUUACCUUAAUGUCUGUGUGUUGCAGGCGUCUGAUGAGUCUGCGUGAGGAGAGGGGCUCAGGUGUGUGGAGGUAUAAUGAGAUCUGUAUGGGGAAGGGUCUCACCUGUACCUUCCCUGGACUCAUCAACAACUAUCAGCAGUACAUCAUCUCCUUCGCAGAGGACGAGGCCGGUAUAACACACACACACACACACACACACGCACACACACACACACACACACACACACACACACACACACACACACACACACACAUUAACACAUGCACACACAUUAACACAUGCACCCAUACACUCGUAGUUGUGGUGUGAUGUCAUCCUGUGAUGUAAUCGUGUCCACCAGGUGAGCUGUAUUUCCUGUCCACUGGAGUCCCGAGUGCCACGUCCCCGUCAGGGGUUGUUUAUAAAGUCGUUGAUCCAUCAAGGUGAUUAAAAUAACUAUGUGAUAUAAAUAUGAUCAAUCAUCACUGAAACCAAAGAUUAACUUUACAUUCCUGCCGAGGUCUGGAUCAUAUCUGGGGUUUAUGUGGAGAUUUAUUUAUUCCCAAACAUGAGAAAUGCAACAUGUUCUGCAUUUAAAACAUGGUGUCAGUCAUAUCAAAAACAUAUCUUUGCUCCAUAUACUGAUGGCAUCAAAGUGGUCCUAAUCUGGAGAUCUGAUAUGCUCUGGAUAUGACAUUUUACACUUUUAUAUAUUUAGCACAGAGCUCAUCAUAUCUGGGCAAAGUCGUCUCUGGAUUCUGGGGUCUUUUGCACAGUGAAUCUGAUUUUUUUUGUUAUUAACAGACAGUUUUUAAUAUAAGUGUGAUGAAAAAUCAUUGUCUUUUGACCAGUUUCAUCACAGCAAGCUAGUUCAUCAGACAUAUACAGAAACAGAAGUGUAUCUAUGACUGACAACCAUUUUUCUGUCAAAGACUCAAGGAGCAGAUGAGUCUGGUUCUCUCUGCAGUCUGAAGAUCUUUGUCUGUGUUUCUGUGUUAAACGAGGAGUCAGUUUAAAAUGAUAACCAGUCCAGCUCUUCCAUCUGACUGUAUUUAAUUAUAUUUGCUUUUUAAAAUUUUUAUUGUUCUUUAUGUUUCAGACGAGCUCCACCACGACACUGUCACUACGACCCUCUGCCAGUCAGAGUAAAGAGCAACCUCAUCAAGUUUGUCCCCCAAGAGAGUGAGUCACUGUUUGCUUUUACUUUAGAAGGUACCGGGCUUUUAUAUGAUGCAGGUUUGAAUUAGAGUUUGUGCCAAACUCUCUCUGUCUGAGAGUAAAACCAUUAAUUUUUCCUAUUUUGGUAAAAAGUGAGAGCCCCCUUUCAGCUCAUUACUGCAGGUUCCUCUUCUGGUUGAACUACUACAUUAUGGGUGAGAGCAGCCACUGCUCUCACCCAAAAAAGGGAGUAGGGCCACAACUCCAGUGCAGUCCCCUGAUGGAUUACUUUUAUUUGUGUAGAAAAACAGUCAACUCAAGCGUGUGCAGGUGGUUAAAUGGAUAAAUGUCAGACGAUGAAAACACUGUCACUUCGACAGCUCUGGGCCUUUGUUUGUAUGAUUCCACUGACUACUCCUUUUCUUCCUAGAGAGAGGUUUUCUUUACUUUCUGGAUUCCUCAACAUGCACUGAUGCUACUCAAGUUUUGGUUAUUAACCAGCAUGCCAAGUCUUGAGCAUGUGCAAAAUACUUAGGGCUGCACAAACACUAUAUAUGCAUCAAAACCAAUUAUGUUACUAAUCUUUUACAUGUCCAAGACUGUGAUAGCAGGUUAAAAAAAUUGUGUCUCUGAUCAUUUUUUGUAAUGAAAAUAUGUAAUUUUGUGUUUUUCCCCUCCUAAAAUCAGUGACUUCAUCUUCUAAAUUGGCACUUAAAGGGUUAAAAUCCUUUUUUUUUUUUAAUAUAUAUAUAUUUAGUAGUUUUGAUCAGGACUGAGGUUGCUUAACAGAUUUAUGCAAAAAAAGGAGAAAGAAGUAUGAAGUAUAUAACAACUUGUCAACUACUCACUAAGUAGCAUUGCUAUGAUGUCAGGUCAGUGAGGGUAUAUUGGUGUCCUAAGCAUGUAAACACCAGAUCAGACAAGAUCACAAAGCCUGUAAACAGAAGCCAUAGAUGGCUCAGGUCACAAAGGUGGUCCAAAUACUGAAGAUUCGGGCCUUUGUUUCUUAUUGAUCACUAAAAUUGAUUAAUAACUGCUCUCUUGAUUUUAUCGAUCUCCAGCAUUAAUUGGGGAAGAACCUCCCAGCAGACACAGGACAGAGGCUCCAUCCACAGAGUCCUAUGACUGGCUCCAGGAGCUCAUAGACCGUUUGGGGGAGCUGGGACAAGACCAAACCACGGCUCUGCCCACCACCAGCACCCCCAAACCCCCCAGACACCCAAGGAGGAAGGGCCGCCGCAGGAAGGGAAAGUCCAGAACAGAGAGUCGUCCAGAGAUCAGGGAGGGAGCGGUGAGGCUGGUGGGUGAUGAAGAGGGGCGGGGCGACAGGGGACGGGUGGAGGUGUUUGUGGGAGGGGAGUGGGGCACCGUGUGUGAUGACCUGUGGACCACCAACAAUGCGGCAGUGGUCUGCCAACAGCUGGGCUUCAGGUUCGCUUUAAAAGCAGCAAAAAACUCAGAGUUUGGUGAGGGGCGGGGCUUGCGGAUCCUUCUGGAUGAUGUUCAGUGUGACGGAAAUGAGAGCACCCUGCUCGACUGCAAACACGCCGGCGUGGGGACCCAUAACUGCGCCCACUAUGAGGAUGCUGGAGUUAUCUGUGGAAACUCAGACUACGUGGUCCAUGUCUGA